AUGUCGCUGCCUGUGGCACUAAUGAUGACUGAGCACAGAUGUGGCGCUGAGGGACAGGCGCAGCGGUGUCCUGGCACCGCUGGGUUGCAGGUCGGACUCCAUGAGGGUCCCCUGCAGCCCAAAGGCCUCAGCGACUCCCUGAGAGCCUCCGCCCCGCCCCCGCCGCGGCCGCACCAGAUGGCGCCGGGCACAGCCCCGCGCGCAGGGUUGCCUCGGCAACGGCGCGCGGCGAGAGGCGCGGCCCCGGGCCCGGCCCCGCCCAGCCCAGUCCGGCCCUGCUCUGCCCUGCCCUGCUCAGCGCAGCUCAGCUCGCCCCGGCCAGGCCUAGGCCAGCCUCGCACGGCCCUGCCCGUCAUGGAGCUGGAGGAAGACUUCGAUGUUCAGGAUCCAGAGCGGUUAGUGCAGUGUCCUUACAACAAGCAACAUCAGAUCAGAGCCCGUCGCUUCCCCUACCACCUGGUGAAGUGCAGGAAGAGCCACCCCGAGGUAGCCAAGCAGUUGGCCACCUGCCCCUUCAGCGCUCGCCACCUGGUGCCACAGCCACACCUGGGUGACCACAUCCUGAAGUGCACUGACAAAGGCUUUGUGGAGCAAGACAUAGUGACUCAGUCCUGUGGCUCCCAGCAGAUGGCUGUCAGCACCUGGCAGGCUCCUCCGUGUGACGAGGACUGGGAAGCAGAGCUGCAGGAGCAGUCAGAGUCUCUUUUUAUCUGGGGUGAGACCAACUCUGACAUCAGCAGGGUCACCUCUGAAGAGAAGAACCAGCUGCCCACCAGAGUUCGUGCCCCCAGGACCUCCCCAUUCCCCCAGGUGCCAUGGAAAAGCUGAAGUGCCUUAAUGCCCUUGGAGCCUUUGUGAGUCACAGCCAACAAGGAC